AUGGAGAAAGCCCAGAAGGCCGUUGACUCUGUAGUCGAUGGCGUCAAAAACGUCGCCAUUGGCGAGAAGAAGCAGAAGCAGAAAGCAGCCAAAAACAAGUCUGCCAGUAAAGCGGAUGGAGGAGAUGCUGGACCCCUCGAGCUGAGCCCUCAGCCCCAAUUCCUCACGGAACGCCUCGAACUAUUUGCAAAAUUAAAAGUAAAGUUCGACGAAGAGAUCGCUGCGAAACCUCGGGAACCCAUACAGAUUACACUUCACGACGGAAGCAUCAAGGCCGGAACCUCUUGGGUUACGACGCCUGCGGAAAUCGCGAAAGCCAUCUCGAACAGUCUCUUCAAGCGCACAGUUGUCGCAAGACUCAAUGGAAGUAAUGAUCAACUGUGGGACCUCGAACGCCCGCUUGAGGCAAGCUGCAAACUGGAACUACUUUCAUUUGACGAUGAGCAGGGAAAGAAAGUGUUCUGGCACUCAUCGGCACAUAUCCUUGGUGAGGCGUCAGAGAGACGGUUCGGCUGUAGUCUUUGUAUUGGCCCUCCCAUUGAGGGCGGGUUUUACUACGAGAUGGGUCUACCAGAUGGGGCUGCUGUUGCACAGUCAGAUUGGAAGCCGCUUGAGACACUGGUUAGCCAGAUUGUCAAAGAGAAGCAACCGUUUGAAAGACUUGUGCUUUCAAAAAAUGACCUGUUGGAGAUGUUCAGUUAUAACAAAUAUAAGCAGCACAUCAUCAAGGACAAGAUUAAGGACGGCGAAUUUACCACCGUAUACCGCAAUGGACCUCUUAUCGAUUUGUGUAGAGGCCCUCACGUGCCCAACACUGGUAGAAUCGAGACUUUUGCAAUCAUGAAGAACUCGGCGUCUUAUUUCCUGGGAAACAAGGACAAUGACUCCCUUCAGCGUAUCUAUGGUGUCUCAUUCCCAGAUAAAAAGCAAAUGGCAGAGCAUAAGAAGUUCUUGGAAGAAGCAGCGAAGCGAGAUCAUCGAAAGAUUGGUAGAGACCAGGAGCUCUUCUUCUUCCAUGAUAUGUCACCUGGUUCGGCCAUGUGGCUACCUCAUGGUACCCGUAUUUACAACACCAUCAUGGCUUUCCUCCGGGAGCAAUACUGGAAGCGUGGCUACAAUGAGGUGAUUACACCUAACAUGUAUAAUUCGGAACUGUGGAAGACUUCUGGUCACUGGAACUACUACAAGGACGACAUGUUUACCUUCGAUGUCGAGAAGGACACAUUUGCGCUAAAGCCUAUGAAUUGCCCGGGACAUUGCCUGAUGUUUGAUCACCGCGAGAGAAGUCACCGAGAGUUGCCGUGGAGAGUCGCUGAUUUCGGUGUACUUCAUCGCAAUGAAGCUUCUGGUGCUUUGUCUGGCCUCACCCGUGUGCGUAGGUUCCAGCAGGAUGAUGCACACAUUUUUUGCAGAGAGGAACAAAUCAAGGAAGAGAUUACCGAUAUUUUUGAUUUUCUUCAAACAGUCUACGGUCUGCUUGGUUUCACAUUCAGGAUGAAGCUCUCUACACGGCCAGAGAAGUUCAUGGGAAAGCUCGAGACUUGGGAUAUGGCAGAAGGAAAGCUCCGAUCAGCGUUGGAUGAGUUUUGCGAAGGUGGUACCCCUUGGGAGUUGAACGAGGGUGAUGGGGCAUUCUAUGGGCCAAAGAUUGACAUCACUAUCUCCGAUUGCUUGAAACGGGAAUGGCAGUGUGCUACAAUUCAACUCGACUUUCAGUUGCCGCAGAACUUUGGUCUUGAGUACAUGACUUCAGAAAUGGUCACGAAGCCAAAGGAAGAUGCCGAGGCGCCAGUUGCGAAGGCCAAGGCGGAAGAGCCCAAGAAAACCGAAGUAGAAGGCGCGGUCAAGGAGAGGGUGAUCAAGCCUCUUACUCCAGGCUGUGCCCGGCCAGUCAUGAUCCACCGUGCCAUUGCAGGAAGUAUCGAGCGAUUCACAGCCAUCUUGACGGAGCACUUUGCAGGAAAAUGGCCCUUCUGGCUCAGCCCUCGACAAAUCCUUGUAAUUCCAGUCGGCGUGGGUUUCUAUGACUACGGAAAGGAGGUGCAGGCUAUCUUCAAGGAGCAGCACAUGUUUAUUGAUAUCGAUCUCAGCGGCAAUACGCUCCAGAAGAAGAUCCGUACUGGCCAAUUGUCACAAUACAACUUCAUAUUCGUUGUCGGUGAUCAGGAGAUGAAUGGACGAGAAGUCAAUAUCCGAUACCGUGACGACACUUCGACACAGGAUCGAGGCAAGCCAGUUCCGUUGCAAGAGGCUACUACGAAGCUCGUUGCACUGCGUGAUGGGCGGGGAUCGGGGAGUCCGUUUUGA